GAAAUAACCGAGAAAAGCCGAACGUCGGAGAUCAGCUGACUGUGCCGCUCCGUCCUUCAAUGGAUCGUUUCUGAUUUGUUUUGAUAAUCCGACAGAAAAUAGGAUUAAAUUAAUCGAUCGGUUGCUCGGUGAACGCGGACAUGCCGUCGCUUCUGUUCUGCGGGCCGAAGAUGGCCGCCUGCGGGAUGGUGAUCAGCAUCUGGGGGGUCAUCAUGCUGGCGAUGUUGGGGAUCUUCUUCAGCGCCAAGUCAGCCGUUCUGAUCGAAGACGUCCCAUUCACCGAGGAGGACAUACUGAACGAUAAGAACCCCCCUCAGGCGAUCUACGCCCUCUACAACAGGGUGGGCAUCAACUGCUUCAUCGCCGCCGCCAUCUACGUGGCGGUGGGCGCCAUCUCACUCUGCCAGGUGCGGCUCAACAAGCGGCAGGAGUACAUGGUGACAUAAGGAGCCUCAGCAUGACCUCUGACCCCCUGAUGAAAGCUCCCACCCCCACCUGCAGUCUCAGAUUAAUUCCUGGUUAAAGAAGGGGGCGGAGUCAGGCUGGAUAAUUUAUUGUGAAUUGAAUUGUGUUUCAUGUUGAUAUUUGUUGUUGUUGGAUGAAGUGUUGCAUCUUUCUUCCUGUUGGACGAGACCAAACCUUCCUGGAUUCCUGUCCUCCCAGUCACUGUAACUGGGACUAGUGGUGAAGACGUGUAAAAGUCCUGGAUGUUCCUUUCCAAUAAAGUUUGAAUGUGAUUAA